AUGAUACCGAUUCGUCAAAUCGCGAGAUUGUCGCAUUUGGCUGCGAAAUUCGUCGGUGGCGCCGAUGUCCACGUCGUUGACCCUUUGGUUGAUUUGAGGUCGAGAUAUCUUUUCAAAUACUUUUUUUACUAUGAAUUUAUAUUUUAUUUUUUUGCCCAGUUAACAAUAAUUUCGUCGAUUUCGAAAUUGGCGCUUUUUUCUUUGAAAAUGUCAAAACAGUUUUAAAAUAUUUGAAUUUGAAGUUCGCGCGUAAAGAUCACCGAAAAAUUCCCAUAUCAAGAUAUAUCGCUGUAGUUUCAAUUUCACUACCGGCCCCCAGAAAUCCAAUUAGCCUUUACGCGAAAUCGUUCUGAACGAAUAACGCGUCAAUUUUGAAACCGCCUAUAUUACUUUGUAAAUGGCAUUAAUUAUACAGAAAGUCUUGCGUAAAUACGCUUAUGGAACUAUAAUAAUCGCAAUUUCUAGGUCAAUAUUCGAAAAGAAGGAAGAUUUAUCCCGAAGUGUCGAAGAACGGAGACUUAAAAUUGAACUUCCAAACGUGGAAGCCGAAUAUAAUGAAUGGUAUAAAGCAUACGAAGCUUGGAAGUCGGUGGAUCCUAAAUCGGUUUGGAGAUUUUUUUUAGAAGCUUCUUUUUUUUAUAAUAUGUUCAUUGCGCUUUCUGUUUUCCGCUCAUAAUGUCCUUUUUGAUAACCAUUUUUUUAAUGAAAAAAAUAAUAUUAAGUUUUUUUAUAAUGAUAUAAGAAAGUGAACUUUCGAGAAUAUUACAUGAUGAACUAUGUUUUUUUUUCAAUUUAAAAUCUAAUAAUGUAUUUAUUACAGUUUUCUCUAUUCACACUUUUUUGAGCGGUUCAUUUUCAGGACCAAAUAUCAGAACUGAAAAAGGAGAUGCGAUCCAAAAAGUCGGGCCUGAUCGGCGCCCUCUCCUUGCCGAAUUUCGUCCAUAACGUAGGGAAAGAAGAACGGAAAAUGCUGAAACCGACAAGUUGGACCGAAAGAAAGUUAUCAAAUCUUGGAAAAAGUUCAGAACAUGCCCAAUAUUUGGCCCAGCAAGGCCUUCUGCGAAUCGAUAAAAAUAACCAUGUGGUUCAUUUGGCCGGCUUCCCGGCAGUCGUUCAGAAAAUGCUCAAGUUGUGCGAAAUACAAUUUUUUUUUGAAAGAAAGCUUCAGAAAUCAAAUCCUGGAGCUUUUCCCGCAGGCGACUUUAAUGUCCCCGUCGCAUUUUGUCAGGGCCGCGAUUUUGGAAGCCUUGAAUGUCGACGCCAAUAAUUUUAUCCCUUUUACCGACGGAUCUUCCUCUUUUCCACUGACUUAUUUGGGUGAGAUUCAGUCUCAGUCUUUUCCUUUUUUUAAAAUUACAUUCAAAUUUUUUUUUCUAAUACUUCAUGCUGUGUUAAAGUAACUUCCGCGAAAAGCAAAAUUAUCUCUGAUUCUCCAAACUUCAGUUAUCUUUUUCUUUCUCUGACGUCUAUUCUGAGCUUUGCGGAAUCACUUUGAAUACCGUAUAACUUUUGUGAAAACCCGGAAAUUUUCGCAGCGUUCAGUGGCCACUUUAGGGCUUCGACCUCUUUGUGACCACUCUUAGGAAUUCCAGAGAGGUCCCUAUAGGGGUUAGGAAGAAAACAACCCCUAUAAUAGUCGAAAAAGGGCUCCCCAGAGGGGUAAAAUUUAGGAGGUCCCUAUAGGGGUUUAGGGCCUUACCACAUAGCCCAUUAAAUCUCAAGUGGACCCUAUAGGGGUCGUUCAAUUUCAUUAAAAAACGCUUAUUUAAUCAGUUUUUCUUAUGUGAAUGCUUCUUCGCAUAGAGUUCAUAACAAUUAUAGUGGUUAGUAAAUUGGUCCCCAGAGGGGAUCCUCCAACGGCCCCAAAGGUUGCCCCUCUAGGGACCACUCUGGAGUUCCUAAGCUAUGGUAGUCAAAUUAGUGACCACUAUAGAUGUUUAACCAGUAGUACUACUAGAAAACUGAAAAUUUUAGUGGCCACUUUAGGGCUUCGACGUUUUAAACGCCACUGAAGUAGUGGAACUAGUGGUCACUAUAGAGGUCUAAAUGGUACUCUUACUCCACUAAAAAUUGCUAUAGUGGCCACUUUAGUAUCCAUCCCAAAAAGCAAGAAAACCCUCUUUUUCCAGUCGGCAACUCCUUGGCGUCACUUUGCUCGCCGUUCCUCAAAUCGUCUUUCACUGACAAAAACGAAUGGCCGAUCAGGGUCCAAUCCAUCGGCGCCGCGUACCAUGAAAAGGUUGUUCACUCCUUGAGUGAUCACUUAAAAAAAUAUUUCUCAGAAAAAUAGCGUCGAUCUGGUCUAUGGACGGCAGCGUCUGAAGCACUGCGCCUUGUUGAUGUCCAAAACGGAGCCUGAGCUUGACGAGUUCAUUUCCAGUUCUGUUACGAGUGUCGGUGAGUUUUGAGGGUCGUCGUUUGCAUUUUUUUUUUCCAAUUUACGGCCAGGCGUGGUCUGUCUGCGCUCUCCACCAACCAGGCGCUAUUUUCUUUCAUUAUCGUGUCAGGACCAUUUUUUGAAUCCAGUCGUGAAUGGCUAUCAGCGUUUGUGAAUUCAUAGGCAAAACACGGCGUUUUUUUUUGGCGACGGUCCACCCAUAUUUUUUUUUUUUCGUAAAGUGUAGUGUCUCGUGUGCGUACACUGCGGCGCUCUGGCGCACGCCAUUUUUUUUUUUUUAAGUAAACAGGAAAUUCGCGUUUUUUUAAAAAAGAAAUAGAUUCGUCUCGGGACCCAUUGAUGCGCCUUUUAUAUUUCCUUUUGUUUUUCCAAUAACGUCACAUGGGAACGGCGGAGGUUAUGACCAUGCCCUCUUAAUUUUUGGUAUUGCAUUUUCUUCCACUAAAAAAAACGUCAUGAAAAUCGGAAAGGGUCGAGAAAGGAUUCAUAGAAAUGUUUUUUAUACGGUGACAAAGGUUCCUUUUUUUGCUGCCCUUUUGCGCCAUUUCAUCGGCUUUUCUGCACCAUUUUUGCUCACGAUUGAUUGAAUAAAUGGUGGUAUGAAAAAAACACCAGCGAAAAUUUAAACGACGACUUUUCCGAUUGUUUCAUAUCGCUAGGGAACUUUCCGACGGCCACCUUCCCGACGAAUCUUUUCCGACUUUUUUCUCGAUAAAAUCUUCGUUUUAAAUCUUCCUAUAUAAAAAAGGUAGUUGGUUUAUGAUUAAAACACGAAGAAAUAGAAAAAAAACAAUGUUUAUAAAUGUUUUAUAAACCGAAAAACUUAAGGGAAAAAAGUCGGAAAGGGAUCCGUCGGAAAGGUGGCCGUCGGAAAGUUCCCUAGCGAUAUGAAAAAAUCGGAAAAGUCGCCGUUUGAAUUUUCGCUGGUCUUUUUUUCAUACCACCGAAUAAAUGACUUCAAAGAAGUCAAUAUUUUUUCACGGAUGAAACUUCUGUUUUUUUCAAAAGGAGCAUUUCAGCCUCCCUACUAUUGGAAGGACUGCACCUGGAAGUUCACGCUAGGGUCGUCAAAGGGAAAGAACUCCGGAACUACGAGUCCCAAGCCGUCGUCGUCGAAUGCAACGGUCUGGAACUUGUCAGGGUAAGAAUCUACGCUCCCGGGCGUCCCGGCCCGAGAAUGAUGAGAAGUGUGUAGUCCGUUUUUCGCGACUUGAAAGGGCGGGACUUCUCUGCGCCCUCUCUUUUUGACGCGCUAUUUUCGCCUUCCUACGAACUUACCGGUGAGGUCAAGUCGCGGCGGAAAUAGUAAAAGAUGAGUGAAGGAAAUUUUUAAAAAAAGUGGCUCCGGCCCGGGUCGACCCAGGGCGCUUUGCGGUCGCCCAGAAGCUCUGUAAUCUACUAAUUUUCGCCAGAAAAAAAGUAAAGGCUCAAAAUUUUAGACAAACUUAUUAUUUUCAAGUUCUAGAAUCGAAAUUAGUCGAUAGUUUGUAUUCUUUUCAUUUUUACCAGUCCGAAAAAGGAUUGAUAUUUCUAAAGCUUCCAUAAAAUAGGCUGAUUUUUCUUCAAAGCUAAAAUCAGCCUUUUUUUAUCACUUUUUCCACGAUAAUCUAUUCAGAAUGACCUCUGAAGCGUCAGAAAACGCCUAUGAAAACCAAUUUUCCAUUGAAACUGUUGAAUAAAGAUCUUCAAGAAGAUAUAACUUUCCUUAAUGUCUAACAAGGGAGAUCAUUUCACUUUUGGGAUUUUCCGAAAAUUGGCUAGAACUAUCCUUGAUAUACAAGAAGACGAUUCUGGAAGCCUCAACCUGAAAAACUUGCUUCUUUUCCAGAAAAAACCCUGCAAAUUCGAAGAAAACGCUCAAAAUUCAUUAAAAUGAGCUUUUUUGGGGCGUCAGACCCUUAUGGAAGUUGUGCAGGCUGAGACUUUCAGAAUCUUCUUCUGGACCAUCAAGGAGUACUCAGGAAAUUCCCAAAGAAAAAUGACCCCCUUGUGAAUGGAGUUGUUCCAGGCCUCGCGGAUCGGCGACUACAUCUCCAGACGGCUCAACAUCUGCCACGCUGGCGCGACUCCAGAAGAGUCCGGCUUCGUCCACAUGGCCUACGUCGAGACGGACAUCGACCGAGUCAUCGCCAGGCUCGUCGACAACCUCGUCGAGGGCAAGGAACCGCCGCGAGGCUUCCGCGACGUCGUCAAGCAGUCACUCUAG